AUGUCAACUUUAACAUCAAAUGAAAUUGGUGACGAUUUGUUUCGUAGUGCUAAAAGCAAACUUCUUUCUUUAUCAAACAAAAAUCAAGAAAGGCUUGAUCAAUUAAACAUAUUACAAAAAUCAAAACCUCAAGCAUUAAAUGCGAUAAGUAAUGGUUUAGAAACAAUUCCGGAUCAGAACUUAUCUGUAAUCAUUUUCAAAAACGACAUCAUCACACAUCAUCUUCAUCAUCAACAACAUCAACUUCUUCCUCAUAGCAACAACAAUAAUAGUAACAAUAAUCAUGAGCUUUCAAGCUCGGAAAACAUUUACAACGAUGAAAAUAUUAAUCCUGAUAUAACUACCAAUGAUAAUGACGAUUUAGCAAUUUCUAGUAAUUCAUCAUCAAACAAAAGAAAACAUUAUAAAUCCCAUCCAUCGUUAAUAAUAAAUACAAAAACUUUCCCUUCAACUUCCACUGGCAACAACAGUAGUUCUAUUAAUAUCAUUCCUCCUCCUACUACUACUAUUUCAACUGCUACCUCAGCAACAAAUGCAUCCAUCAUUGCCUCCUCCAAUAACAACACCAACGCAUCUAUGUUGUUGCCGUCAUCUUUAAAAGUUCCUAAUCGUCUAAUAACCCCUGAAUCCUCUGAUUCUGAAUUUGAUAUAUCAGAAUUAGAUAACCUCAACACUCAUUUAACCCUCCCUCCUUCAUUUGGUAAAAGAAACAAUAGUGUCAGCAACGACAACAUUAAUCACCGUGUUGCCCGUCAUACAAUGGAAGGUGUCAUAAUCGAAGAAGAAAGAGAUAAACAACAACUGUAG